AGUCCCCUCGGCUGUGUUUGUCUUACCCUUCCUCUCGACCUCGCGGGAAUCGACUCACCACCUCCUCUCCGAUGGCCGCAUCUGAGUCCUGUACCACAUCAUCGAGCGCAGAUCGGCCUCACCUGGCCCGGCCGCAAGACCAGGACAGCGAUCAACCCAAGGCAGAGAAGCCUCGCGAGAGAAAAGGACAGCAAUCUCCGGAAAGGCCCCAAGCUGGAGUCUCGCCGCAUAGACGGCAAGAGAUCAUCAAAAAUACCUACCAAGAAUACAUGAGGCACACCAAAGUCUGCAAGUCUUUCAACCAUUGUACUGAAGCAGCCACCAUGGGACGGGCUGGUGACUUUGCGGACGCUUUCAUCGAUGGGGUGCGGCCCAGUAUGGUAAAUGAGAAUUGGGCACCAUGGGAUGGCAGGACCGAAGAGGAGCGCUACCCUACAGCUGGGGACGGUACUGAGCUGCUCAGUGCAGAGGCCCCUCGCAGUGAGGACAACAUGUAUCCGGACAUGAAAUCUUACCUUGCCUUCCUUGCUCGACAAGUUGGUCCAGUGAAGUAGUCACUCGAGUUAAGUAGAUUCAAUGCUGAGUUGUCCAACCGACCGAUGUCAACCAUCCGGCGUCGUGGGGUGUUCACGUCACAAUUCGAGGCACGAGCAUCAUGAACAC